GCUUUUAGUAAUUAUAUUUUCACCCCACAAGACUAAAUUUAGCAUUCUAGUGGCAUGUCAUAGUCUGUUUUGUUAGUCAACUUCUUGGUUUAGCGUACGCAAAUUUCCAUUAAUAAACGCCUGGUAAUGGAAUACUGACCUGUUCAGUCUAAUAGGGAAGUUUAAAAUUCGUCCUUAUCAAAGCCAGUGUAAUGUGUGCCCUCUAACCAAGUUUUGGUAUAUGUUAAUGAAACUGUUUAAAAUAAACAUUACCUCCUCAUAUGUUACAAAAGUUUCAUGAGUAAAAAAAUGUCGACUAUAGUCUAAAAAUUCUUUGUGAAUGGAAAUAUUUAAAGGGAAAUACUGUAUAUAGAUUAAUAUAAUAAACCAGUAUGUACAUAUCACCAUUUUCCAACAAAAAUUCGAAAACCCCCAAUAUAGUGCAGAAUUAGUGCGAAUUUUUACCUAGAUCAUUUUGAAAUGGCAUGGCUAGGAGGACUUUCGACGUUGAAAGGACAGAUUACGAGUUUUACGAAAGAGGUUUUGUCGGAAGGAAGAGAUGAAAGUCAUGAUACAAGUUUAGAGUUAGCUGAAUCAAAGAAGAAAGUACAAGAAUUGGAAGAAUUGUGUGUUUCUCAGAACUUGGAAGAAGAUGGGGUUGUCAUGUAUUCAGCACUUGCUCCAGAUGUGGCUGAUUUCUGCAUGGAUAAUUUUGAGCACCAGGCACUAAGUGCAGCUCCACUGAAACCAACCCAUUGGUUCAGUUAUAUUGACAACACCUUUGUAGCCUGGUCCCAUGGCAGGGACGAAUUAGAGAAGUUCCAGUUGCGCUUCAGCAGCAUCCAAACAUCACAUUCAAAAUGGAGAUGAAGGAAGACAAUUCACUAUCAUUUUUUGAUUUGUUGGUAAAAUGGAAACCUGAGAGCUUAUUGGGGCAUUUGGUCUACAGAAAUCCCGUACACACACACAUGUACUUUUAUUACAGCUGUGAUCAUUACUUGUCACAGAAAUGUGCUGUUCUUUCUAUAUUCUUGUAACAGGCCAAGGUCGUUUCUGAUUCAGUCAGCCUAGAUUGACAAAUCCAACAUCACAAGAAGACUUUCAGACAGAAUGGCUACAACAAGACAUACAUUUACUGAGUCUGAUUGUCUCACAUGUUAACAAUAUCAUUUUUAGAGUGACAGUGCCAUGGUUCACAGCUGAA